CUCUACCACUAAUUUUUAUAUUAUUCAUUUUGUAAUUUCUCUCAUAAAUAAAGCUAAUGCACUUAUACAUUAAUUUUUAUUUUUUUAUUGUUAUAAUUUAAAAAACUAUUAUAUCAUUAUCACUAAAUAAAUUAUUUCUAUUAAUAUAAUAAUUAUUUCUCUUUUUUAUUAAUUUUUAAUAAUACUAAUAAAAUAAUUUUUAAAAUGAAAAAUAAACAAUUAUUAAAAAUAAAAGAAAAUAAAAAAUCAAAUAAAUUCUGGUUAGAAGAGUCUGAACUCGAUGAUGAUUUAGAAAUUAAAAAUAAAAAAUCAAAUAAAUUCUGGUUAGAAGAGUCUGAAAUCGAUGAUGAUUUAGAAAUUGAAAGUGAUAGUUUUUUUUUUCCAAAAACAAGAUCAUUGAAAAGAAAAAAGGAAAAGAGUAAUGAAAACGAUAAUCUUCCAAAAUUCAGUCCAGAUAAGCCAUAUUAUGAAGUUUUUGUUGAUGAAGUAGUCACUAAAACCAUUUAUGUAACUGAUUAUGACAUUUGCUAUUGCGAUAAAAAUAAAAAAUACUACUAUAAAAUUCCCCUUACUCUUGAAAAUUUUUCAAUAAUAGAUCUGUUUGAUGCACCGGAUGAGGAAGUAGUACUAAAGCCACCCAAACCAACAAUUCUAGUAUCACCAUCAUCAACUGAUAAUAAUAACGACCAGGAUAUUACAAAAAAAGAAGAUCCUAAAAAUUAAACAAAUUUUUAAUAAUAGAUCUCAGCCAAGCAAAAAAAAUUCCUUUUUUUUACAAAAUUUAUAAUUUUCAAUAAACAUAAAAAACUAUAC